GCUAUGUAAACUUAGCGGUCAAGGACGUUGACAUAGAAGAUAUAUCUCGGAAAAAAAUUCUAAAUUUUCCCUUCAAAUAUUGGAUCUAGAUAAACUGUAAAAAUGUCGAGAGCUAGCGAAGACGUUCUUUUAAUAAUAAAACAUGUUAGACACAAAAAAACGGACGGAGAGCUAUACUUAAUGAGUGAACGCAUGGCGUGGAUGCAAUCUAGUAAACGAAAUUUCAACAUAUCUCAUAAUUAUGCUGAUAUUAAGGUCCAAAAAAUAUCCCCCGAGGCGAAGGAAAAGGUUCAAUUGCAGAUCGUUCUUCAUGAUUCCGGAGCAAAUACAUUUCACUUCAAUAAUCCGGCUGGAAGAAAAGCUCAAAAGAAAGACCGUGAAGAAGUAAAGGAGCUUCUUCAACAAUUGCUACCUAAAUUUAGAGUACAAGUCAAUUCUGAACUAGUAGAAAAGAACCGCAUUCUCCAAGAAGAUCCACAGCUUUUCCAACUGUACAAAGAGUUGGUUGUAACUGGUAUAAUGCCUGCUGAAGAAUUUUGGACUUUCAUGGACGAGAAAAAGAAGAAAAAUAUUAAUCUAGCUCAAAAGGUUGGCAUUACUCCCGACUUUCUUUCUCUAGUCAGAACGGAGGCCAGUGGAGCAAACGAACUAAAUUAUAAACUGACUAAAGAUAUUAUUGAAAGUAUAUUUCGCGCGUACCCAGCAGUUUAUAAAAAAUAUAUGGAAAAUGUGCCAACUGUAAUGAAAGAAGAAGAAUUUUGGCAUAAAUUCUUCCAAUCUUAUUAUUUUCAUAAAGAACGCUUAGAUAUUCGUAAAGAUUUUUUCUCUGAUUGCUCGAAAAAUGACGAAGAAGUAAUUGAAAAGUGCAAAGAAAAGUGCAGUAACGAUCCAGUUCUUAAUAUGAGAUCAAUGUACGAUAGAGAUAUCGACGAAGCUUACGGACAAAAUGAAAAAGUGAUAGCUGAUCCUUCACCACUUAUUAAAAGGCUAAAUCAACAUUCGACCAUGGUUUUAACAGCGGUUUCCAACACUCCCAUCGAUCAUUCAAAGAGGCCAGCCGAAGGGCCUUUAGAUGAUGCCGCAUCGGCGAAACGCAUAAAACUCCAAGAAUUAACAAAAAUACCCGAUUUGGCAACAGAGGAAACUGCAGAGGGCAUAAGAUUGAAAUUAAAAAGACCCGAUCACUAUUUAUGUGGAUUACAUUAUGCUCAUGAAGCUUUGGAGGAUCAUAUGGAUCCAAGUUUAUUUUCCCAAGAUAAUUUCUAUAGAAAUAAGCAAGCUUACGAAUUUUCACUUCCGAGAGUUUCACACGCAUCUAACACAGCAUUAAAUGUAUUAAGUAGCCUCGAUAAUGCAGCAAACAGUAGGGUAGCUGCUCGAGAGAAUGCCGCUGAGAAUCUAAUUCCGAAAGAUAUUAAAUCAGAAGUAAUUCUUAUAUACAAGUCCGGCUAUGAGUUAUUGAAACACUUUUGGGCUUGCUUUCCCUUAAACUCUACUCCUAUAAGAAACAGAGCAAAUCAAAUGAAAGAAAACCUCGAGAAAUUUCAACAGAUGAAAAUGAAGCCUCUACUAGAUAAAUUAUCCAAUCACGCUGUUAGCGAUUUAAAGCUAUUAGAUCACUUGAAUAAAAUGUUCGAUGUGGCUUUUGGUAAAUACAGAACGUACAAAACAAAAUUGGCCCAGAACAAAGGCUAA